CGUCGAACUGCUAGAGUUUUAGGUCAUAGCGCUAAGAUUCAGUCGUUCAAAACUACAGUUAUGAAACAGAGAUAGUGAUUUGUUGGAAUCCCUUGAAAAAACGGAUCAAGAGUGUUCAAGGCUGAAGCCUAACUGGGGCACCCUUUAACCCAUGUUGCCCAGAGGGGUGAAACCUGGAACUAUUUAUACCAAGAGGAGAACUUGGGCAUCUGUACAGAGUUAAGCCCCUGUGAAGAAGCCGCCACCCCCUAGCGGUGUUGCCGCCGCGCCAACUCGCCCCUGUCGCGUGUCGUCCGGCAGCCUCACCAUGGCUUCCAGCCGGGAACUGUACAACUUCCUGCUCGAGGCGGAGCUACAGCACUACCACAAUGCACUGCGCAAUGAGCUGAAGAUAACGUCCAGUCACCAGCUGAAGUAUGUCAAGGAAGAGGACCUCAUAGGUAUUGGCAUGUCAAAACCCGAGAUGAGGCGGCUGAAGAAGUACUACAAGAAGGAAUACCCACAGGGCAUAGAGAAAAUAUACAGGGCGAUAAAGAAGACUGGUGAGUCGAGCAGCAGCCGCACCCUCAGCCCUCCACCCCCGGAGCAUCGUCUCUCCCGACCCAGCUACAUUCGAGGACCGGGCAAACAGAUAAUCCCUUCAGAAUGCCUGGCCAUUCACAAGACACUGGGGGAAGGAGAGUUUGGGGUGGUGCAACAGGGCAUAUGGACCACAGAGGACGGCGAAAGGGUACAAGUGGCAAUAAAAUGUCUGAGCAAGGAGAGGAUGGUGAGUGCGAUGGCCGACUUUCUGAAGGAAGCAGGAAUCAUGCAAUCUAUAGACCACGAUCACAUGGUGCGCAUGUUUGGAGUUGUUCUCGACAAGGAAAACACGCUCAUGUUGGUGACAGAGUUGGCCCCCAUGAGGUCCCUGUUGGAAUGCCUGAAGGAGCCAUCGUUACGCCUGGACUUCCCUAUCCCACGACUCUGUGACUUCGCUCAGCAGAUCUGUGACGGCAUGAGCUACCUGGAGAGCAAGAGGUUCAUCCACAGAGACCUGGCCGCCAGAAAUGUUCUUGUCUUCUCCAAAAACCAGGUCAAAAUAAGUGACUUUGGUUUGUCAAGAGCUCUAGGUGUUGGCAAAGACUAUUACAAAACGAAAUUCACCUCAACAUUGAAGCUUCCCAUUGCGUGGUGUGCCCCAGAAUCUAUUACCUACCUGAAGUUUACCUCGUCAAGUGACUCUUGGUCCUAUGGUGUCACACUGUGGGAGAUGUUUACAUACGGCUUUCAGCCCUGGGCAGGGUUAACUGGGCAACAGAUUUUGGAAACGAUAGACAAGCCAAAGUGCCAGAGACUGGAGAAGCCAGAUCUGUGCCCCAAGGAGUAUUAUGAUCUUAUGCUGAAGUGCUGGGAACAUGACUGCUCAGAGAGACCCACCUUUAGUCAGAUGUUCCUCAGGCUGCCUCAGAUUCGGCCAAUGCUGGUCAAGGCAGUGAAGGACUACCCCAGCCCUGUUGUGCAGAAGGAUUAUCUCUUCUACAAGGCUUACGAUGUUGUUAUAGUGCUAGACAAGAACCCCGAGAACCCGCCGGAGCCAGGACUGUGGAAGGGGGUGCUGAACACUGGCAAGAGUGGGUUCUUUGAUCCUACCAAUACUGUACCUUUUGUAGAGCCCAAGACAAGCCCUAUAGAGAGGCACAAACCUAUUGUUCGCAGAGAGAGUGCUCGUAAGUCUGGGCGUCGCCUACGCCUGGACAUGAUUGGUAAACCCAUGGAUGACCUCCGUCACACGGGUCACAUAGGCUACGAUGGUGCUAUCUUCGGAGAUGUGUCCUUCAUUGGAGACAAUGUGGACAAGUUACCAGUCAAACAUGGUAACACCAGCUCGCCGGAUGACACACGGGGGUCUUCCAUAUCGCUACCUCGCUAUGCUGACAGCCCGGAACGAAACUUCUCUGUGAGGAACAGUCAGUCAGAGUUGUCCCUAGGGAUAGGCGCCAAUGGUAUCGGACACAGCUGGAUGAGUAAGGAGUCAUUGGAGAGCCAGUCAACGAUAAAUACCAAUAGCCUACUGAGGGAUGGGGAGAAGACACCACCGUAUCAGGAUAUUGACGAUGACCUGGACAACUUCAAAUUCCCAGAUCUCUCUAGUUCCCUGGAUCUGGGUCCUUCGUUCAUGGAUGAAGUGUUCAAAGCAUUGAAGGAACAAGAUACAAAAACAACAGAGGAGAAUGAUGAACCACCUACCCCCACCCCCAGAACGACUCCCAGUGAGGUACCCCCAUCAAGCUCACCCCCACCGCCUCCUGCCCCCAAACCGCGCUUUGUGCCAAAGCCGACCCCAGCUCGCCGUGAGGAGCCUGUGGCUACGGUGAAGUUACCGGAGCCAAUGGAAGUGAGCAGGUCGUCAUUCUUACAAGAGGAACGUCAGUCGACCAACACACGAGACUUCACACCACCCCCUCUCCCGACCCAACCACCGCGGGUAGAUAUCAAAAAAGAUACAAAGUAUGAAGUAACCAAGAAGCAGGCCAAAGUCAAACCGCUCUCUGCUUCAGAUGAGCGCAUGAUCGAUGACGCCAUUUCUAUGGCCAAAGAGAUUUCGUCACAAGUAACGAACAGUCACAUGAAGGCGGACUCUCCGCCAGUUCAGACUGUGCCGAUAUGGCCUGACACACCCCAGACUGACGGCCACACGUCACCAGAGUCCCCAAAACUGAUUGACAGGCUUAAACAUUCAUUAAAGCGCUCCAGCCCAAAGAGCGAUCGCAAGCAAACGUUUUCAGAAGAGCUGGAGAACAAGGCUGAAAUGAGCGAUGACUUCCCACCAGAAUCUCAGGAAGCGUAUAACAUCUUGGUGGUGCGGGGUGCUGACAAAGACAAAGAGGAUGAAAAAGACAAAAGCAGAGAGUCACAAGCGCAACAACAGAAUAAGAAAUACGGACAGACUGAUCCAAAACCUGUGUCCAGGUUGUCCAAUGGUAGUAAAGUAUCUGAGCCCUUUAACAGUACGUUGUCUGAUCGCUAUGGUAGCAAGAUAUCAGAACCUUAUGGUAGCAAAGUAUCAGAACCAUAUGGUAGCAAGAUAUCAGAACCAUAUGGUAGCAAGAUAUCGGAACCUUACGGUAGUAAGAUAUCAGAGCCCUAUGGCAGCAAGAUAUUGGAACCUUAUGGUAGUAAGAUAUCGGAACCUUACAAGAGUAAGGUGUCAGGAUCACAUGACAUCAAGGAAAAAGAACCUUAUUAUACUAGGGUGUCAGAAACUAGUAGUAAAGUUACAGAACAUAGCAGUAGCAAGGUGUCAGAACCGGUUAUUACAAGUAGAAUCCCAGAACCAAGUAGACUUGCCGAGCAAAGUAGCAGCAGAAUACCAGAGCCUGUGGCAAGUAGAAUACCUGAACCCACCAGCAGAGGUUACUCUAGCAAGCCUGUGCCCAGACCACGUGUGGAAUUGAAGAAGCCCUCUGAGCCUCCCCCGCCAAGGCCACGCCCAGAGGUGCAGAGAGUAGAGCCCACGGUCAGAUCCACCUCUUCCUCAGGCUCAGCAGACCCCCAUCGCUUCCUUAAACCAGCGGGAAAGCCGCCCAAGGCAGAGGUAGAAGAGUUUGAUGACAACGACCUGAACAAGAACGUAGGAGACCUGAAGAGGUCCAGCAGAGCAGAGAACUCCUCUCUGUCUUCCUCGUCUUCCACGGAAAGGGACAUUGAAAAGACGGAUAAAAGAGAGACAAAAACAUACGGAUUUGAGGAGGAGUUCUCAGAGCCCUCUCCACGAGAGAUUAUGAGUCGUCUGAGAGAGAGCAAAAUGAGGCGAAGUAUUGACCAUCAGUCCGUGGAGGCCAAUGAGCCUCCGACACCACCGAGAAAUCUGAGGGAACCUCAGGGGAUUCCUGGGCGUAAGGGCUCUGCCGCGUCUACCAACGAAGACGAAGAGGAACAGGACACGAACCCAUUGAGGAUGCUACGAGGAGGCGCAAUCCCAAUCCGAGGAGGCCGGACAGCGCCAGGUAUGGAUCUAACUAACAGGGAGAAGGAUUGCGAGGAGAUAGAGACAAUGCGAAGAAUUUUUGACAAUGAUGUCAGCACAGAAGACUGCCAGCGAGCCCUAGAGGACACUCACUGGGACAUUUACAAUGCUAUUAAAUACAUCAAACUCAAACAACUCCUCAGCUUACAGCUAGGGGACGUAACUGUGUGUAAGAAUGUGCUGAUGCGGCAUGACUGGAAUGUGCAGCGAGCUGUGGACUUUCUGCUGUCACACCCCCCUUCUAGUCCUGAAGUUAUAAGUGUUUAGGUAGUACUUUUGUGUUCAUGAGGAUGUGCUUCAGUUUGAACUGUACCUGAAAAAAUACAAGUGUUGUUUUGCUGGAGUUUGUUUUUUUU